AUGGCCAGCAGGGGGCGCGGGCGGCCCGGCGAGUCGGUCCCGGGGGGUCCCCGGGUAACCAGCCCCCCUGUCCUGUCCCGGAGGGGUCCCUGGGUAACCAGCCCCCCACCCCGGAGGGGUCCCUGGAUAACCGAUCCCCUGUCCCGCCCCGACGGGUCCCCGGGUGACCAGCCCCCUGCCCUGUCCCAGGGGGGUCCCCGGGUAACCAGCCCCCCACCCUGCCCCGACGGGUCCCCGGAUACCCAGGCCCGUUGCUCACCCCUGCGUGUCUCGCCCCAGGAGUCCCCGGACGUUUACCCCUGCGGAGACGAGCACACCCCCAGCCCCAUCGCCGGCCGCGUGCCCGUGGAAGCCAGCGCCCUGGUGACUGGGCUGCCGAUGCUCACGGCUGUGGCGGCGAUGGUGGAGGCCGGACACACCAUCGCCUUCCUCGGAGACGGGCUGGGGCAGCUGCACAAGGUGUAUCUGAACUCCUCCAUGGGGCAGGUGUACAGCUCCGUGCGCCUCGGCCAGCGCUCCCCGGUCAGCCCCGAUCUCCUCCUGGAUGGCAGCGGGACCCACCUCUACGCCAUGACGGAGUCCCAGGUCACCAAGGUCCCGGUCUCCGAGUGCCCCCGUUUCCAGGACUGCGCCGGUUGCCUCCGCGCCCGGGACCCUUUCUGCGGCUGGUGCAUCCUGCAGGGCCGGUGCACCCGCAAGCUGGAGUGCGAGCGCUUUGAGGCAGCCGACCAAUGGCUGUGGAGCUACGGGGCCAGCAGCCAAUGCCUGCGCGUCGAGACGGUGAUGCCGGCCAAUCAGAGCCGCGAGGAGCAGACGGACGUCUCGCUGUGGGUGCCCCGGCUGCCCCCCCUGGCUGAGGGCGAGAGCUACCACUGCGCCUUCGGGGAGCAUGACAGCCCCGCCCUGCUGCAGGACGCCUGGGUCCGCUGCCGCUCGCCCCCCAGCCCCCAGGUGCCACCCAGCCAGGAGGGCAAAGAUCACGUGACCGUGGCGCUGUCCCUGAUGUUCGAGGACGUGGUGGUGGCGGCGACGGAGUUCGUCUUCUACGACUGCAGCGCGGUCACACGACUGGCGCGGCCCUCCCCGUGCGGUGGGUGCGUGAGCAGCCCCUGGCCCUGUCACUGGUGCCCGAGGAGUCAGAGCUGCGUCCCGGGCGCGUCCUGCCCCCACGGCGAAGGGACCAUCUACAACCAGAACGUCCGGGAGGGGGGCCCCUGGGGCCCGGAGGCCUGCCCCAGCCUGGGGGUCAUCGAGGGGUCCCCCCUGGUGCCCGUGGGGGUGGCCGUGCCCCUGAGCCUGGUGGCCUACAACCUGCAGCUUCUGGGGGACCCGUUGCCACGGUUGCGCUGCAUGGUGGAGGUGGGGGGGGCACCCGUGUCGGUGGAGGCGUCGCUGGAUGAGGAGGGGGGGGCCCAGCGGGUCCGGUGCCACCCCCACAUAUACAGCUACCUCCUGCCCCACCCCCAGAUCCCAGCCCCCCUCUACGUCUCCGCAGGGGGCGCGGGGCGCCUGGACAACCGGGGGGACCUGCAGGUGACCCUCUACAACUGCUCCGUGGGGCGGGCCGACUGCAGCCACUGCCUGGCAGCCCCCCCGGAGCUGGGCUGUGUCUGGUGCCCGGCCGGGGGGGGUCCCGGCUGCCGCUUCCGGGACCUCUGCCCCCCCGGCGCCGCCGAGCCCCUCUGCCCCACCCCCAUCAUCCAGGCGAUCCAGCCCCACAGCAGCCCCCUGGAAGGGGGCGUGUCCCUCACCAUCACGGGCUCCAACCUGGGCCGGCGCCUGGCGGACGUGGGGUCGGUGCGGGCGGCCGGCCGGCCCUGCACCCCCGACCCCACCCUCUACCGCGUCUCCAGACGGAUCGUGUGCCGGGUCUCUCUAGGGCAGAGGGGCGUCUCUGGCCCCGUUGAGGUCACCGUGGGGAACCGGCCCCCCGGCAUCUCUGCCGACCACUUCACCUACCAGGACCCCACCCUGCGGGAGCUGCACCCCAGGAUGGGCCCCAUGGCAGGGGGCACCCGACUGACCAUCCUAGGGGAGGAGCUGCUGACGGGCGACCAGAUCGCAGCCUUCGUGGGAGAGCUGCCCUGUACCAUAGUGGCCCCCGUGGAGCCCACGGCCAUUGUGUGCAUGACCAGCCCCAGCCCGGAGCCGCGGGAGGCAUCCGUGCGGGUGCUGUACGGACAGACAGAGCGCCGCCUGCAGGGGGGCACCUUCACCUACACCCCGAACCCCAACAUCACCGGGGCAGAGCCGGCCACCAGCUUCCGGGGGGGCGGUCGGAUCAUCCGCGUGGAAGGCACCCACCUGGACGUGGUGCAGCAGCCGCUUAUCAAGGCCCUGCUGGUGCCGGGGGGGCCGAAUGGCAGCAGGGGGAGCAGGAGGAAGAAGAGGGGGUGCUGGGGGCCCCCCCGGGCCCUGCCGACCCCCCCACGCCCCUGCUUUAUGGUGGGGGACCUGCUGGAGUGCUGGGAGCCCUGCUGCCCCAACUCCUCGGCGCUAAUGCUGUGCCCUACGCCGGCCGUGCCCCCCGGCGCACCCCUGCGGGACCUGCUCUUCGUGCUGGACGGGGUACGGCUCAGCUUCGCGGUGGCCAGUGGGGGGCAGCCCUUCGCCUAUACGCCCGACCCCCAGCUGCGCUGGCUGGGCCGCGGGGCCCCCGGCGCCCCCUACAGCCUCAAGCCGGGGAAUGUGCUGCACGUGGAGGGGGAUGGGCUGACCCUGGGGAUCUCCAAGGAGGAGGUGCUGGUGUGGGUGGGGGAGGGGCUCUGCACCGUCAAGACCCUGACCCGCACCCAUCUGUACUGCGAGCCCCCCCUGCGCCCCCCCCGGCCCCUCAACGCCUCCUCCGGCCUGCCAGAGUUCAUCGUGCAGAUGGGGAACCUGCGUCUGGAGCUGGGCCGGGUUCACUAUGACACGGAGCCGACCACCCGCUUUCCCCCCGAGGCGCAAGUUGGGCUGGGGGUGGGGGCGGCACUGCUGGCCUUCAUUGUGCUGCUCCUCAUCCUCAUGUACAGGCGGAAGAGCGAGCAGGCCCUGCGGGAUUACAAGAAGGUUCUGGUGCAGCUGGAGACCCUGGAGGUCAGCGUGGGGGACCAGUGCCGGAAGGAGUUCACCGACCUGAUGACGGAGAUGACGGACCUGAGCGGGGAGCUGGAGGGCUCAGGAAUCCCCUUCCUGGACUACGGCACCUACGCCCAGCGCGUUUUCUUCCCUGGCCAGGGGGGGGCGCCGGCGCGUCGGGGGUUCGAGCUGCCCGAGGGGCGCAGGGCCACUGUGGAGCAGGGCCUGGCCCAGCUCUCCAGCCUUCUCAACAGCAAGGCCUUCCUGCUGACGCUGAUCCACACGCUGGAGGGGCAGGCGUCGUUCUCGCGGCAGGACCGGUGCCAGGCGGCCUCGCUGCUGGCGCUGGCGCUGCACGGGCGGCUGGAGUACCUGACCGACGUCAUGCAGAGCUUGCUGGGCGAGCUGGCGCAGCGUCACAUGGCCCGCAACCCGAAGCUCAUGCUGCGCAGGACGGAGACCAUGGUGGAAAAGCUGCUGACUAACUGGAUGUCCAUCUGCAUGUACUCCUACCUCCGGGAGGUGGCGGGCGAGCCCCUGUACCGGCUGUUCCGGGCCAUCAAGUGGCAGGUGGACAAGGGGCCGGUGGACGCGGUGACGGGCCAGGCCAAGCGGACGCUGAGCGACGGGCGCCUGCUGCGGGAGGACGUGCCCGUCCGGCCCCUGGCGCUGAGCGUGCUGCUGCGGGGGGCGCCAGGGGGCGCCGGGGAGCAGCGGGUACCCGCCCGCGUCCUCGACACCGACACCAUCAGCCAGGUCAAGGAGAAGAUCCUGGACCAGGUCUACAGGGGGGUGCCCUUCUCCCAGCGCCCCCCGGCCCACGCGCUGGACCUGGAGUGGCGCUCGGGCGUGGCCGGUCACCUGACCCUGUCUGACCAGGACCUGACGUCCGUCACCCACAACGGGUGGAAGAGACUCAACACCCUGCAGCACUACAAGGUUCCGGACGGGGCGACGGUCGGGCUGAUCCCGCGGCUCCAGAACGACGUCCCCCAGAGCCCCAACCAGAGCUUCCUCUCCGGGGAGAACACCCCAAUGCUGGAGGAUGGCGAUGAGGGGGGGCUGCGGCUCUGGCACCUGGUGAAGCCGACAGAGGAGCCGGAGGCCCCAAAGCAGCAACAGCGUCGCAGCAGCUUGCGGGAGCGACCCACGGCCAUCCCCGAGAUCUACCUCACCCGCCUGCUCUCCGUCAAGGUGAGACCCCCCCUCAUUGCCCCCCCUGCUCCCGGGGGCUGGCACCCCAUGUCUCACUCCCACCCCGCCCCCAGCCUGUUGCUGCGGUUCUGGGUGAGCAUCGUGCGGAACCCCCAGCUGCUGUUCGACGUGCGAGUACCGGACAACGUGGACGCCGCCCUGAGCGUCAUCGGCCAGACCCUGAUCGACGCCUGCACCCCCGGCCAGCACAGCGUGGGGCGGGACUCGCCCGUGAACAAACUGCUCUACGCCCGGGAGAUCCCGCGCUACAAGGAGCUGGUGGAGAAGUACUACGCUGACAUCCGCCAGGCGCCCCCGGCCACCUACCAGGAGAUGAACUCGGCCCUGACGGAGCUGUCCAGGAAAUACUCCUCGGACCUGGACUGCUCGGCUGCGCUGCAGGAGCUGUAUGGCUACAUCAAGAAGUACUACGACCAGAUCAUCAGCGCCCUAGAGGAGGACCCUGUGGGGCAGAAGAUGCAGCUGGCCUGUCGGCUGCAGCAGAUCGCCGCCCUGGUGGAGAACCAAGUCACCGACCUGUGACUGGCCCCACGCCUGCGCCACGGAUCCCCAACGUUCCUGCUCCCCCCUCAAACCUCCCCAGAUCUCAGGGAUCCCCUUGCGCCCCCCCCAGCCCACACCCCACUGCCUCUCCCCCAGCCCGGGGAUCCCCCCCAGUGCCUUAUGCAACGCUGCAAAGGGGGUUCCCUGCACCCCCACAAGCUCCUGUCGGUAGAGGUGUAUGUCUGCCCUAGCUGCCUUCAGCCCUCUUUGGGGUGCCCCCGACCCCCUCACUGAGAUUUCAGGGUACAGGAGCCCCCCCUUUCUUCAGCCCUGGGGUCCCCCAGGCAAGUAGUGCACUAAUCUGGGGUGUCUGUAGCCACCCCUGCUUUGUACAGAGCGGUGCUAAUGACCCCCGAGAACCCCCUAUUUCGAACCCCCUUGUACAGGCCCGGAGCUCGGCCUUUGGAUGUAAUUUAUUUUCAGCAAUAAAAACACUUUUCAGAAA